UCUCCCCACGGUUCUUUAAGAAUAUCCCUCUUCGUGUCACUUUGAGGGUCCGACGGAUUUUUCUCUAUCAUCUACUUGGACAUAUAAACUUUUUUGUACUUCAUUGUUAUUUUUAAUCCUCCCGCAAAACAAAGCCACGGGGACGUCGAAGUUUCUCGGCGGUUUUCUCCCUCGCCGGCUACAACUUUAUUUCGAACACUUUCAGUGAUAUUUUGUUGCAGCGUCGACUUUUUCCCCAUUUUUUUCUUUUUGAAUGCGUUGCAAAUAUGACGAUGUCACCGACGCCACUUUUUCCUGAAGUUAUGGCGGAGCACAACUUCUCUAACUUCUCUUGACCACUGAGAGCGCUUGGCUUUACUAAUGGAGCACCUCCAGGGAGCGUGGAAGACUCUGAGCAACGGCUUUGGAAUGAAGGACUCAGCCUUCGAGGGCUCCUGCCUCUCGCCGACCAUGGUGCAGGGCUUUCCUUGCCAGCGUCGCUCUUCGGACGACAGCAAAAUGCCCGACUCCAAGACGAGCAGCACAAUACGAGUUUAUCUCCCCAACCAGCAGCGCACUGUGGUGAACGUGCGACCAGGUAUGACGUUGCAGAGUUGCCUGAUUAAAGCCCUGAUGGUCCGGGGGCUGCAGCCUCAGUGCUGUGCCGUCUUCAGGCUCCAUCCAGGACAGAGAAGUAAGAAGCUGAGGAUGGAUUGGAACACGGACUCCACCUCUCUGAUUGGGGAGGAGCUCCUGGUGGAGUUUCUAGACCACGUCCCUUUGACCACACAUAAUUUUGUUCGCAAAACGUACCUGAAGCUGGCGUUCUGCGACAUCUGCCAGAAGUUUCUCUUGAAUGGUUUUCGUUGCCAAACGUGCGGUUACAAAUUCCACGAGCAUUGUAGCACCAAAGUGCCGACCAUGUGCGUGGACUGGAGUAACAUCAGACAACUGCUGUUGUGUACAACACCUGGCGAGGGCAGCGGUCCAUCACUGCCACCUCUGACAUCACGGCGGAUGACACGCUUCCCAAGCUCCGCCCACCGUUACUCCACCCCUCAUCCUUUCAACUACACCACGCCCUACCCACCCACGGGCGGCGGCCUGUCCCAGAGGCAGCGCUCCACCUCCACGCCCAACGUCCACAUGGUUAGCACCACCCUGCCUGUAGACAGCAGCGUGAUUGAGCUCGAUACUCCUGCCACCUCCUGGUGCCACAGAUUCUGGCUGAGGAGAAGAGUAGGUAUAGUGCACUUCCCACGCUCUGUUGUUGAGGCCUCGCCUGAGAGUCCAGAACAGGACGCAAUGCGGGAUCAUGAUUCAGCAGGAAGUUCUCCCAGUCAAAGCCCGACCGGCUGGUCCCAGACCAAAGUCCCUGCACCCGCCCAGAGGGAGAGGGCGCCGUCCUACAACACACAGGAGAAGAAUAAAAUUAGGCCCCGGGACAAGAGGGACUCCAGUUACUACUGGGAGAUCGAGGCCAGCGAGGUGUACCUGAACUCCUGCAUCGGUUCUGGCUCUUUUGGAACCGUCUACAAAGGGAAAUGGCACGGUGACGUAGCAGUGAAGAUCCUAAAGGUGACGGAUCCCACACCUGAGCAGCUGCAGGCCUUCAGGAAUGAAGUGGCCGUGUUGAGGAAAACACGACAUGUCAACAUCCUGUUGUUCAUGGGCUACAUGACCAAGAACAACCUGGCCAUUGUGACGCAGUGGUGUGAGGGCAGCAGCCUCUACAAACACAUCCACGUCCUGGAGACAAACUUCGCUAUGAUCCAGCUCAUAGACAUCGCCAGGCAGACGGCUCAGGGCAUGGACUACCUCCAUGCUAAGAACAUCAUCCACCGGGACAUGAAGUCCAACAACAUCUUCCUACAUGAAGGACUCACAGUGAAAAUCGGCGACUUUGGUCUGGCCACGGUGAAGACCAGGUGGAGCGGCUCACACCAGGUGGAGCAGCCGUCAGGAUCCAUUCUCUGGAUGGCUCCGGAGGUGAUCAGAAUGCAGGAUAAAAAUCCCUACAGCUUCCAGUCCGAUGUCUAUUCCUAUGGAAUAGUUCUGUUUGAGCUCAUGACGGGGGAGCUGCCCUACUCCCAGAUAGCAAACAGAGAUCAGAUCAUCUUCAUGGUGGGCAGAGGCUACUUGUCCCCAGACCUCAGUAAACUCUACAAGAACUGCCCCAAAGCCAUGAAGAGACUGGUGGCCGACUGUAUAAAGAAGUCCAAGGACCACCAGUUUAGCGCCUUUCUUCCUUGGUCUAUCCUGUCCUCCAUUGAACUUCUCCAGCACGCCCUCCCCAAGAUCAACCGCAGUGCCUCUGAACCCUCCCUGCACAGAGUCUCCCACACUGAGGACAUCAACACCUGCACUCUGACCUCCACCAGACUGCCUGUGUUCUAGGGGCCCUCACCUCACCUCACCCGUCUCCUCUCCCUCCUCCCACCCCAUCUUCACUUGUUACACCUUCUGCCGUCUAAUAUUCAAUAUUCCAAAUACUCAGCACAACCAAAUUGUUUAUAUGCAGAUGUCAAUGCAAACAUUAAAGAAAAACCUGUCACAUGGAGGAGGAGGAGGAGGAGGAGGAGGAGGAGGAGAAGCACGUCUGACAUUAACUGUUGAAGUGAGUGAGGGUCUCACACAUGAAGACUUUGGCAUGUGAUGUAGAACUGUGGGGGCGGAGCCUGUCUCACCGCUGACGCCACCGUCCAGUGCACUUGUACACAUUUGUAAAUACACGCACACACCUUGACCUAAGGCAGGGAUGAACGGACAUUGAAGGGACCCCCACCCCCAGCUGAACACCUGUGGCCCCCGUCGCCAUGGUUCCUGGUGAAGAAACUCUGCGGUGCACCUGCCUUAAGAGGAAACUGAAAAAAAAAAAAAAAACAGGAUUCACUUCCUGCACAUCGUCGUCUCCUCUCAUCACACAUCGGUGCCGUUGGAUGAAGUCCAUGCAGUUGCACAGUUUUAGUUUCUUUCUUUUUUGCGUUGCCUUCCAUGACAGUGGAGUAGAUAUGAGAAAUUUGUCCUCUCUCUCUCUCUCUCUCUCUCUCUCUCUCUCGUUUUGUUGUCUUGUCUUUGCGGUCUUUAUGGUCUUUUUUUGGGUCCUUCUGCAGAAACUACAGUCUGUCUGACAGCCAGCAGGAUCCAUGAUGGAAAACUUUGCACACUUAAGCAAAAGCAAUGGUUUCUUUCAACCAACCACUGAGUGGAGUGGGUUUGUGAGAAGCACAUUCUCCUCCGUCCGUCCGUGGGAGUCGGCCUUCAGGCAGUUGUCUUAAAUAUUUAAAAUUAUUUGAAAACUAAUCAGAUUUUUUUUUUGUUUUUGUUUUUUUUUUGUUUCUUGUUUCGUCUCGUCUCUUUCACGUAGGUCCAGUUGGUGAGAAAGUUGUCUAUUCAAUAUUUUAAUAAAAUUAAGUUAAAUUUCUUUGGUCUGACCCACUUUGUUCUACUUUAAGGUCAGUUUGUGGAGCAGGGCUGAGUACGGAUCCCAGCGCCGCUCACUCUCUCCGCCCGCAGGCAGAAACCAGAAGAGUGUGAGACUUUGUGGCAGGGUGUGAUGUUUGCCGUAGCAGUGGUAACGUAGCGUCGGCUCUCGGGGGGAUCCAGCUCCGAGGACGACCGGGGGAUUCCACCACAGGCCCACGCCAGCGUGUGCUGUGUGGCCCCUGGCUGAGCUCAGUGGAACAACCAUCGUUUAGCAAGGGAGGGACGCGGUGGAAAGUGAGGACAGUCGGGGUUUGUUGUAGUGUAAACACGCAGCGUGCAGGUCCAGUCUGGUCUGGACCAGGUCCAGUCUGGUCUGGACCAGGUCCAGUCUGGUUCCAGCUGCAGCUUUACCAGAGGAUUCUGUUGUGAUUUAACUGUAAAUAAGGGGGAUGAGUGUGUGUGUAUGUGGUGUGUAUUUUGUUUCAUAUAUAGUAGGUGUGUCCCACUGUAUGAAGACAAGCAUAACAGGAAUAUAUAUAUACUCUAUGUGUAUGUGUGUGUAUAUAUAUGUAUAUGUAUACAUAUAGAUAUAUAUGUGAUACUGAUGCUAGGGAACCCUGGUCAAACAUGAGUUUCAUAUAUGACGAAAUACAACUGUAAGCAUUA